AUGGGAAAGACAGCAUGGCAAAAUCAAACUACAGUAUCUGAAUUCAUACUCUUGGGAUUUGGAGACUUCCCCAAAGUGCAAGUCCUUCUCUUCAUGCUUUUCUUAGUGAUCUACCUAGUAACCAUGGCUGGGAACCUCCUCAUCCUUGUGGUGGUUGUGGCAGAUCAACACCUUCACACUCCCAUGUACUUCUUCCUGGCAAAUCUGUCCUUCUUGGAAUCCUGCUACAGCUCCACCAUCCUGCCUAAAAUGUUGUCGAGACUCUUGACUGGGGAAAGAAGUCUCUCUGUAAGAUCCUGUUUCACACAGUUCUUCAUCUUUUCUUGCCUAGGAGGUGCUGAAUGCUACCUCCUAGCCAUGAUGUCUUAUGACAGAUUCUUAGCCAUAUGUAAGCCACUCCAUUAUGCUACUCUCAUGAAUGGCAGGCUGUGCAUGCAGUUAGCAGCUGUGUCUUGGGUAAGUGGAGUUUUGGUUAGUACGUGUCUAGUUUGGAAAGUGUGGUGGCUAUCCUUUUGUGGCCCCAAUCAAAUUGAUCAUUACUUUUGUGACUCACCCCCAAUAAUAAAGCUCUCCUGCAGUGACACCCUUUUGGUGGAACUGACUGCCUUAAUAUUUGCCUGUGUGUUCACCCUGCCUCCCUUUCUACUCACCUUGACAUCCUAUGUUUGCAUCAUAGUCACAAUCCUUAGAAUCCCAUCUACUACUGGGAGGCGGAAAGCCUUCUCCACAUGUUCUUCUCACCUUACCGUGGUCGCUUUGUAUUAUGGAACUCUGAUGCUUGUCUAUAUACUACCACAACCAAAGGACUUAAUCCAUGUGAAGAAAGCCUUCUCUCUCAUCUACACAGUCCUCACCCCCUUGGUUAACCCCCUCAUAUAUAGUCUGAGAAACAUGGAAGUGAAAGAGUCUGUGAGAAAGGGCAUUAGGAGAUUUAUGUUAUACAUUACAACAUGA